AUGGCCGGAAACUUUGUAUAUACCGAGGAACAGAUUCAUCGAUACUUUGAUCGAGUCCGACUUCCAAGCUCCAGCCGCCAUGUCCAAGUCGGUAGUCUCUCGCCCGAGAGACAGCUUGAGACCCUUAUCGUUCUCCAAAAACAUCAGCUAAUGCAAGUACCUUUUGAGAACACUGUUCUUCAUUACUCUUGGCAUCGCGUGAUUGAUCUGGACCCGGAACAUCUCUUUGAUAAGAUUGUGUGCAGUCAUGGAAGAGGAGGUUAUUGCAUGGAAAACAACACCCUCUUCCACAUCAUCUUGCGUACCCUUGGAUACAGUGUCUACAUGGUCGGUGCCAGGCCCUAUGAUAAAGACUUAUCCCGUUAUGGAGGUCUGACGCACUGCCUGAACAUCGCCGUCAUCAAUGGUUCUCGUUAUGCCAUCGACGUCUGCUUUGGUUCGCGAGUUCCUGUUCUUCCUUUGAGAUUGCAAGACACAGCAGUCCAGCGUCAUUCUGACCCAGGACAGAUGCGCGUGCGAUAUGAUAGCAUCUCACAGGCAUUAUCCCCUGAUCAAAAGUGGUGGAUUUAUGAACACCGCAAAGACAUCGAGUCCCCAUGGGUUCCACAAUACUCCUUUGCAGACUCUGAAUUCUUAUUCGAUGAUAUUUGCUGUAUUAACUGGGCUCCCGCGAAGAGCCCCUCGAGCUUCUUUACUCAAAAGGUGGUCGUAGUGAAGUUCACGACUGAGAAUGAGGUGUACCAUGGGGAUCGCAAAUUGGAGAGCAUUGUCGACAAGGGGUUAGCUGGCACCAAAGCAGACACGGGAGCCAUCGAUGGUGCCCUGAUUUUAGACGGCAACCGGCUCAGGUGGCGGAAAAGGGGUGAUGUAGUCUGGGAGCAAGAGCUGUCUUCCGAAACGGAGCGUUUGGACAUUAUGAGUAGAUAUUUUGGCAUCGCGUUUGCUCCACGAGAUGUCAAGGCUAUCGUGGGCACAGCAGCGGCAAUCACUAGGCUACCUAGAUUACACCUACAAUAG